AUGGUGACGGCCCCGUGUUCUGUCGACGUGUUUGAGCAGCUGGAUGACGCCAUCCGGGUGGAAGCCUACCGGUCAGCUGUGUCCGAAGCCGAUAUACUAAGGACCGAAGUGGGAUUUUGGACGUGGCAGGAAGAUUUCGAGUCUUCCAGCUCACAACAGCUGGGAAAUGAACAGCUCUGUGACGCUGAUGCCCGCAAGCAGUCGCCAGUAAUUGAGCAGGUGGCAUGCGCCUCUGGAGCGGCAAAAAAAGACAGGACUACGCGCAUGUUCGUUGAUUAUCGACGUCUCAACGCCAUCACUGAGGACAUUGUGUACCCUUUCCGAAGCAUUGAAGAUGCGCUGCAGGCACUUAACGGAAGCAAGUACUUUUGUGUUAUGGACUUGGUGUCUGGAUUUUAUCAGAUCGCCGUGCAUUCAGAUGACAUACAGAAGACUGCUUUCGUGACACCGCGGAGUCUUUACGAAUUCCUCCGGGUGCCAUUUGGCCUUAAAGGUGCCCCAUUCACAGAGACAAAGGCCCAGUAUGCAGUCGAUUCCUCCUCUGCCUUGGUGCCCAACGAAAAGCUGAGACCCUUCAUGAAAUGCAUGAACGACGACACGAAGCGGCACUUUGACAAGCACCACAAGGACGCUGUGUUUGAAAGAGGACAUCUGGUGCUCCUCAAGGCACCAACAUCCGGUGUGAAAACUACGCCGUACACCAGACUUCACAAGAUACUGAACAAACUAUCUCCCGUGAACUACGAGAUCGAACUCGUGGACAACAUGGGAAGUGCCAUUGUACAUGCUGAAAAUUCAGACCAUAUCAGAGCCCCAUCACUCACAUGGAGCAAGCCAAUGCUUCGGACUAAGGUGUACAUUGGUGCCAUGCAGUGUAAGUAG